CAUAGGAUCUGUUCUCCUUGCUGCCUUUCUCUGGAUGUGCCCCAGCACCUCAACAUCCUUCCUAAAUUGAAGGGCCCAGAACUGGACACAAGGAUUGUGGUGCAGCCUCACCAGUGCCAAGUACAAGGGAAGAAGCACUGCCCUGCUUCUGCUGGCCACUGUUCCUGAUCCAAGGCAGGAUGCUGUUGGCCUUCUUGGCCACCUGGGCACACUGCUGGCUCAUGUUCAGUCUGCCAUCAGUCAGUACCCCCAGAUCCCUUUCUGCCUGGUCUCUCCCCAGCUGCUCUGCCCCCAGCCUGUAGUGCUGCAGGGGGUUGUUGUGGCCAAAGUGCAGGACUCAGUACCUGGUCUUGGUAAACGUCCUGUUGUUGGGUUUGGCCCAUGGUUCCAGCCUGUCCAGGCACCUCUAGGUGGUGUCAAAGGCUUUGCUGAAGUCCAGGUUGACAAAAUCCACAGCCUUCCCUGGAUCCCCAGGCAGGUCACCUGGUCAUAAAAGGAGAUCAGGCUGGUCAGGCAGGAUCUGCCCCCCCUAAAUCCAUGCAGUAGGUGCCAGGUGAUGACACUCAAGAUGAUCUGUUCCAUAACCUUGCCAGGCACCGAGGUCAGGCUGAGAGACCUGGAGCUCACUGGAUCCUCCUUCCAGCCCUUCUUACAGACAGGUGUCACACUGGCCAACCUUCAGCCAUCAGAUACCUCCCUGGUGAGCCAGGACUGAUGGUAAAUGAUGGACAGCAGCUUGGUGAGCUCUUCUGCCAGCUCCCUCGGUACUCAAGGAUGGAUCCCAUCUGGUCCCAUAGACUUGUGAGCAUCUGAGAGGCUCAUCAGGUCACCAGCUGCUUCCUCCUGAAUAAUGGGGCUGUUCUGCUCCCUUUCCCCAUCUACCAGCUCAGGAGGCCACUUGUCCUGAGGACAAGCUGUCAGAUUGUUGAAAAUAUCAGCCUUACUGGCUUUUCCUUGAUUCUUGCCCAUAGGCACUCAGCCUUAUUGUCAUGUAAGAUAAUCUGAAAUCCUGCACUGCUUUCUCCUGGUGGCCAGUGCAGGUAGGGGUCUGUGCUGGCAGACUGGCAGAGUUUCACCAAGUUCCAGAUGGGGAAAGCAAAGGUCUCUUCAGAGUGCCAUGGGGAAUGGGCAGACAAAAAGAAAAUGGGUGAAGAAGAAAGUUGUGACCACCUUCCUGGGCUUCCAGCAGCCAGAGCUGCUGCUGCUUCUUGGUUGUCAUGUUGGCAAUGUACAACUUGUCUCUGGAAGGAACGGGCCGUCAGGGGUACUUCAGAUGGAAAGAGGACAUUUGUGCUUUUAUUGAGAAACACUGGACUUUCUUACUAGGGAACAGGAAAAAGACCUCAACAUGGUGGAGCACAGUUGCUGGCUGUCUCUCUGUGGGGAGCCCCUUGUUUUUCCGCUCAGGGGCACAGGAAUUUGGAGAACCGGGAUGGUGGAAGCUGGUUCAUAACAAACCCCCAACAAUGAAACCUGAAGGAGAGAAGCUGUCAUCAUCUGCACUGAAGGCAAAAGCAGCUUCCAAGCCCCCGCUGGAUCCCAUCAUAACUGUGGAAGGCCUUCGGAAGCGGGUGAGCCGCAACCCAGUCGAGUCAGCCAUGGAGCUGAAGGAGAAGAGGUCCCGCACUCAGGAAGCCAAGGACAUUCGGAGAGCCCAGAAGGAGGCAGCCGGCUUCCUGGACCGCAGCACUUCCUCCACUCCUGUGAAGUUCAGCAGCCGCUGCCGCCGGCCCGACAUCGUCCUGGAGAAAGGAGAGGUCAUCGACUUCUCCUCCCUGAGCUCAUCCGACCGCACGCCUCUGACCAGCCCCUCUCCGUCCCCGUCCCUGGACUUCUCUGCCCCCGGCACUCCCGCCUCGCACUCCGCCACUCCCAGCCUGCUCUCGGAAGCAGAUCUCAUCCCGGAUGUCAUGCCACCACAGGCACUGUUCCAUGAUGAUGAGGAGAUGGAAGGAGAUGGAGUCAUAGACCCAGGAAUAGAGUAUGUGCCCCCUCCCAGUGGGGCAGCUGGUGCUGGCACCAUGAUAGCAAGCAGGAAAAAAGUGAAAACAGCUGAGCAAAUCAAGCAAGAGGUGGAGAGUGAAGAGGAAAAAACAGAACGGAUGGAAGGUGACAGUGAAGAUCCUGAAGAAUCAAACACACCCUUGCAGGUGAGAGGACGAGACAAGGGAAAGUUACAGCUGGAGAAGGAUGCUAAACCCAGAAUUCCCAAGCACACCUCAGUUAGCAUCUAUGAGGAAAAGCUGCUGCUGAAGAGACUGGAAGCCUGUCCCAAUGCUUUGAGCAUGACCCCAGAGGCCCGGAGGCUGAGGCGCAAGCUGCUGGUCAGGCAGGCCAAGAGGGAAAGAGGACUCCCACUCUUUGACUUGGACCAGGUUGUGAAUGCUGCACUGCUCCUGGUUGAUGGGAUUUAUGGAGCCAAAGAAGGCGGUGUCUCCAGGUCCCCAGUAGGGCAAGCAACAUACAGAACUACUAGCCAGGACUUCAGAAUCUUGGACAGAUACCAGACAAUGCUGCCUGCCACAAAGGGAUAUCGCCAGCAGACAACCAAGUUUCUGUACCGCCUGGUAGGCUCAGAAGACCUGCUGACAGACCACAGUAUUGUCAGCCCUUACACCUCCCGUGUCCUUAAACCUUACAUCAGACGUGAUUAUGAGACAAAGCCCCCAAAACUCAGGCUGCUGGCAGAAAUCCGGGCAAAUCCACACAGGAAUGAUCUCAACUGGAAGGCUGAGCCAGAAGCACCCAUUGAUUACUGCUACGUUCGCCCUAAUCACAUCCCCACUAUAAACUCCAUGUGCCACGAAUUCUUCUGGCCUGGAAUCGAUUUGUCAGAGUGCCUGCAGUAUCCAGACUUCAGUGUUGUUGUCCUUUACAAGAAAGUUAUCAUUGCCUUUGGCUUUAUGGUGCCAGAUGUGAAGUAUAACGAAGCUUACAUCUCUUUUCUGCUGGUGCACCCUGAGUGGAGAAGAGCUGGGAUUGCAACCUUCAUGAUUUACCAUCUUAUCCAGACCUGCAUGGGCAAGGACGUCACCCUUCACGUCUCUGCAAGCAACCCUGCUAUGCUGCUCUACCAGAAGUUUGGAUUUAAGACCGAGGAGUACAUUUUGGAUUUUUAUGACAAGUAUUACCCCUUGGACAGCAAGGAGUGCAAACACGCCUUCUUCCUCAGGCUGCGGCGCUGAGCUGCUGGAGGGGGCUGGGGAGCUGGGAAAAGCCCAUUCCAUCCUAAAAACUCCCCCAGCUUUCAGUGGAGGAUGUUGGCUGCCACAGGAAAGCUGGAGCAUGCUGGUGUGUUUAUCCCUAGGACUUUGGAUGUCAACAGUGAGAUGCUGUACGUGGAAAACACAAUCCAAAAGGAUUGGUUCCUGUGCUCCAAAGGGAGAGACCUGGAAAUGCCAACUAAGAUACACUGAAACCACUGGAAAAUUGAAAUUCCUUAUGGGGAAUUUUCCUACCACUGUAACUUUGGAGAGCCUCAUUAGCAAACAAACAAAAAUACCAAACUAAAAAAUGUUUCUCACUUCAGAGGGGCUCCAUGGAUUUCAAGUUUUGAAACCUGUCAAAAAAAAUGUUGCAGGUUUUUUUGUCUCUGUUAUUGUUUAUAAGCAAAAAUGAACACCUGAACUUAAACCAUUCAGUGUUUCUGUGGUUUGAUUGCUUUGUUAGGAACUGUCUUGAGUCUGUGAAGGGAAAUAAGGUACUGGUACCUGUAGCUGGAUGUUAACUUUAGGAAAGUUCUACACACGCCAGAUGAGUAGUCCUGGAACCAUGUUUCAGGAAUACUGAAGAGUGUGUGGAUUCCUGUGAUCUCAAGCACAAGGCUCAGAGGGGACACCUUUGUUUUGCUCCUUCCCUGCUGCCUUCCCUUCCCCUCCUUGCUCAGUGUGAAGUUCUCGUAGCGCGCAGUGUGUUGUGUUCAGGAACAAUGUCAGGUGGGUUUGUGUCUAGGCAAGGUAGGGCACCACAGCUGCCAAAUCCAGCUCUUUGGAAUCUUUCCACCUCUCUGCUGGUUGUUGGUCUGCAGAUCAGCCCUUUGGGCACACCUCUAACCACAGAGCAGCCUCACAGACUCCAGCACCCACCUCCUCCUGCUACAGGCGCUCUGGCUGGAAGACACCCAGAACAGAAGUAGUGGGGAUAUUUGAAAUGCAGGCUCUGAUUUGUAGAAGCAUUCUGCUUCACAGCUUGGAGGGAGGAGGGAGCAGAGGUGGCCCAGAUCCAGUUCUUGGAAGCAGCUAGGCUCUAAGUAGCAGUAGAGAGGAGAGCAAAGAAUAAACAGAAAUACCCAAGAAUUUAGAAACACAACCCAAACAGUUUCUCUGGUAGGGGGGGCUCCUUUUCCACAGUGUAGCAGGCUUCUCUCCCUCCCUGAUUUUCAGUGCAGAUGAACAGACAGCUACACUGACCAAAGGUCAGGCUGUGCAUUUUAACUAUGGAUCACAUCCACUGGGAUGGUCCUUUCACAUCAAGCCCACAGAGAGCUACACACCGAAUGUGACUUCUUUGUCCUUCAUCUACUGUGUGUACCUGUUAGCUAUCUGACUAUAGCAGUAGUUGCCACAGUGGAGUCUUAAUUUUGGUAACAGGAGAGAAAGGAACACAAAAUAUGUUCUUGUGUUAGCCAGUGUUCAUCACCACCAACACAAAACCAGUGGUAGUGGAAAGGAAAACCAGCCCAGCCAAGGGUUGUGUGCCCAAACUUCUGUGCACAUUUCUGCCUGUUUCAUGACUAUGUGAAAAUUUUCAAUGUUCUUAAUGUUAUGAGGUAGCUGGACUUCAGAAGAAAAGAAAUAUAUGUCUUUAUGAAUGGAAUUAAAGCCCUUCCCUUGGAAA